GAAAAAGAAACAGAGUGUGUUACAGUAUGUAUGAGCAGAGGGGGUUUAUGGUGCCUCUAUACCGCCUAUGACUGAUAUUCUGACAUUUAGACUGACUGUGGACAAAGUUGAGGACAGUGUCAGUGCUGCUGCUGCUGCUGCUGUAUAAACCCAAGAGGACAUAACAUACGACCUCUCCAAUCCCAUAUCUUCCGGGAGACUCUUUUUGGGGGGACGGUGGUCCAACUUCUGGCCACCUGCCCAGUGACACCUGGUAAACGAUACGGCCACGCUGCGCAUGCGUAAUAGCCUGCCAAAACCCCAACGCAGUCUCGCCUGUCAACCAAUAGUGUUCCAAUCUGACCAGAGAUAAAGUUGGAGCAGAGGAGUGAAGUCGAGUGAAGUGGAGGAUUUCAGACCUGAGCAGACAGAAAGAAUAAAAAAAUGCCGAGGUCUUUCUUGGUGAAGAGUAAGAGGGCCCACAGCUACCACCUGCCACGGUACCCUGACGAUGACUACACCAGGUUGGACACUAUACUGGCUCUUGUGUGCGCAGAAACCAAGUGUCAGGCGGAAUUGGAGCCUCAGGACGAUGUGAGCGCUGGAGAUGAAGAACUUUCACCCGGGUCCAAUCUACUGUCCCCGGGGUCUCUGUCCUCGAACUCACCGAUGAGCAGUGGAGGCAGCGUGUGUGACCGAUCCUCUGACUUUGAUUUCUGGCGUCCCCCGUCUCCCUCCUCCUCACCAGAAUCGGAGAAGAGUUCCACUUCCACGGCGGAGGAUGGCCAACAAUUCAACAGUCCUUUCUUUCCUUACUCCUGGACGGCCUAUUCCAGCUCCCAGCUCAGGCAGGUUCAGGGGCCUCAUCAUCAUCAUCAUCACCGUCAGGGCCACAGUGGGGCUCACUCUCCAGUCUACGAUGCAGAGGACAGCAGCACCAAGCAGCUUUACGCACAGAAUGGCCCGACGGCCGGUUGUUACCAGGACUAUUCUUCAGCGAGCCAACAGAUCUGCAGGAUGCGGGACCGAGAAGAGCUGUAUCUGGAUGUUAAACAGAACCCCCUCGGGAUCAAAAUCAAGUCCGAAAGUGACUUUAUUUGUUCUAAUGUUGAGCCAAGUGGAUCCUACAAGUGUAUUAAAUGUUACAAGGUAUUCUCUACUCCUCACGGGUUGGAGGUUCACGUUCGGCGCUCGCACAGCGGGACGAGGCCGUUUGAGUGCGGGAUCUGUGGAAAAACCUUUGGGCAUGCAGUGAGCCUGGAUCAGCACAGAGCGGUUCACUCGCAGGAGAGGAGCUUCAGCUGUAAAAUCUGCGGCAAAAGCUUCAAGCGCUCCUCCACGCUGUCGACACACCUGCUCAUCCACUCGGACACGAGACCUUACCCGUGCCAGUACUGCGGGAAGAGGUUCCACCAGAAGUCCGACAUGAAAAAACACACUUUUAUCCAUACAGGUGAGAAGCCGCACAAAUGCCAGGUGUGCGGGAAGGCCUUCAGUCAGAGCUCCAAUCUCAUCACGCACAGCAGGAAACACACGGGAUUCAAACCCUUCGGUUGUGACCUGUGCGGGAAAGGGUUCCAGCGGAAAGUGGACCUGAGGAGACACAAGGAGACACAGCAUGGACUCAAAUGAGCAGACUUCGAUGCUUCAACAUGAAAUCCUGCACUUUCAAUGUUUCCCGACUGCGUUAUUUUACUCUAUUUUAUGUUGAAUUUAAACUAUUUCUAUUGUUGAAUGUAGUUCAUUAUUUACACUGAGAUAUUCUGGUUGACUUUAUGGAAAUAAAACUUUAUUUAUCAAGAA